CUCUACACUAAUCAUAUUUCAACAUGUCUGAGCGCUCUACUGUUCACGUCGAGGGUAUCGCGCCCGCUACCUCGGAUAAGGAGGUCCAGGACUUCUUUAGCUUCUGUGGAAAGAUCACUUCCCUUUCCGUCACCCCCGUGUCUGGUGAAGCUGAUGCUCAGAAGUCGGCCACGGUGACCUUCGAGAAGGAAGCUGCCGCAAAGACCGCUCUUCUCCUUGACCACACCCAGUUGGGCACCUCGGUCGUUCACGUCAAGGCCGCUCACUCUCUCGAUGACAUCGCCGGAGAUCAUGCCGCCAGCGCCUCGGAAGCGAAGGACGAGCAUGACCAUGACCUCGAGCAGGAGGACAAGCCCCGUUCCCGCAUCGUCGCCGAGUAUCUGGCUCAAGGAUACGUGCUCAGUGACACCGCCAUCCAGAAGGCCAUCGCCCUGGAUCAGAAGCACGGCUUCUCCUCCCGCUUUACCAGCGCCCUGAACAACUUCGACAAGAAGUACAACGCUACCGAUAAAGCCAAGGGUCUGGACGAGAACUACAAGAUCACCGAGAAGGCGAGCAGCGGCUGGCGCGGUCUCCACAGCUACUUCGAGAAGGCCCUCGAGACUCCCUCCGGUAGAAAGCUGCGUGAGUUUUACGCCCAGACCGACAAGCAGGUGCGCGACAUCCACAACGAGGCUCGCAGACUGGCGGACUUGAAGAGCGGCAAGAGCGAAGGCGACGAGCACAACGCUGAUGCCUCCACUGCUGGCGCUGGCGCAGAAAGUGCGGGUGUUGCUCCCGCCACUUCCUCGUCUCAGCCCGCGGGUACUGCCGCUCCUGCUGAGCAGAAGGCAUAAAUCGCGAGCAGAUAUCUGACUCGACGUUGGAGGAUCUGAUGAGAUUUUAACCUUCUAUUUGUUUCUUGUUCUGUAUGCCUAAUGACGACCUGUCUGUUCAUUUGAUGCUCGAACUUUGAACUUGCACCUAUGUUUUUAUUAUUCUC